AUGGCGGCUGUCCUUGGACAUAUCGAGAAGAAUCUAUCACUCUUAGCUAAUUUACCGCGCGUAGCUUUGAAUAAUAUACGAGAUAUACCUGGCGCAAGGAAAGCUGCAGUACGUGUAGGUAGAGGUCCAGGAUCUGGACGUGGAAAAACUUGCGGACAUGGUCAUAAAGGUCAAGGCCAGCGUAAUCCUAGCAAACCUCGUUUAGGUUUCGAGGGUGGUCAAACACCAUUUUAUUUAAGAACCCCAGAACAUGGCUUUAAGAAUAAAUUUCGUAAAGAAUAUGAGCUCGUAGAUCUAGGAAAGCUCCAAUUAAUGAUCGAUCAAGGCCGUAUUAACCCUAAAUCACCGAUAGACAUGAAAGUUUUACGCGAUUCUGGGGCUGUUAGCAAGAAAAUUACCCACGGUGUUAAAUUGCUAGCGAAGAACUCCGAUAAAUUCAAUUCAAAACUCGAUAUUGAGGUAUCUCGAGCAACUCCGCUAGCUAUAUCUAUGAUAGAACAAGCAGGAGGUAAAGUUACUUGUGCACAUUAUAACAAAUUGGGAUUGAGAUAUCUUCUAAAGCCGGAAAGAUUUAUUGAUCGAUUGCCACCUCGUCGUGCACGUCCCAAACCGAAGCAAAUGACCUAUUAUACAGAUCCUCACACUCGUGGAUAUUUAGCUGAUGAAGAUGAAAUACGUAAACUGCGUAAAAUGAAUCAAAGAAGAAAUAAGCCGAAAGAUUACAUUGCACCCAAAGAAACUGCUGUAUAA